AUGGCGAGACGUCGGUUUGACAGCACCAGUUCUUCUGAACCUGGAGAGUAUUUAGACGCGGAGUGCGACCUAGUGACCACCGGAAACAGCAGAGAGAAAGUCGAUAUACACCUUAGAGAUGGAGAUUUCGACAGUGACUCUGGAGAAGAUAGAUCUAAGCUGACAGAGUUUUUUCAAAUUCCUAGUCAAGACUUGGUAGAUAAAAUUAUUCACGAAGUCGAGUCCUAUUUCUCAGAUCAAAGUCUUCUGAAAGACACUUUUCUUUUAAAACAUAUUAAACGAAAUAAACAGGGUUAUGUGAGUCUCAAGUUAGUUGCCUCAUUUCGAAAAGUAAAGCGUCUAUCCAAAGACUGGAAAAUUGUAGCCUACAGCUUACGACAGUCCAAACAUUUGGACUUAAACAAAGAAGGAACUAAAAUAAAGCGGAAGAAUCCCUUACCAAAGAACUGGGAUCCAUCUUCUAGGAGUAUUGUAGCGUACAACUUACCUGUGAGUCAACCCUCUGUGGAAAUUGUUAAAGACCUGUUCUCUAAGUGUGGAGAGAUUUCGACGGUCAGGAUUCUGCAACCUGGCAACGCUAUUCCAGCUGAUAUUAAACGCCAUCUUCCCAGAAUGGGAUCUACAGUCUGUGCUGUAGUUGAGUUUACAGAACCUGAGGCGGCAAAGAAAGCAACUGUUGAACUAGACUGCUCAAACACUGAUUGGCGAUCUUUGCGUGUCGUUCCACUGGUUAGUAAAAAAUCAACUUUAAGCGAGAAAAACAAGAAAUCUGACAGUGGUGAUAAAAGAAAAAAGAAAGACAAAUGGAGCAGGAUAGAGCAGCUGAGAAGAAGUGAAAGUCUGGUCAGUAGUGGUUCUGAAACGGACUGCUCCAUUGGUCCGAGGCAGAGAUCUGAUACCGCCUCAAGCUCCAGCUCUGGCUAUGUAUCGUCAUCACCAAGACAGGUCGAAUGGAUUGGUAACUACAUAAGGAAAGGACAACAACAAAAUAGAAAUGGAUCACCAAUCCCUCGAAAUAACAAGAAUGGUGAAUACCAGGAACAUGAAACCCUAUCUUCAUCUCAUAAAAAUUCGUGGAUACAGAGAAGACGCGAAAUUGGCACUCCUCAGCCAGUCCAUAAUUCUAGGCUAAUUCCGGAAGGGGUGAUUCGACUUCCACGUGGUCCAGAUAGCACUAAAGGUUUCAACAGGAGGUACGUUAAUCCUCUAUAA